CUGUGCAUCUAUAGAAGUCUGUCAAACUUUUAGAUGAUAUGUUGAAUCUUUGCAACUAAAGCAGGUUUGAGGAUGUUACAGGCUUUGGUUCCUAGUGGAUUUCUGCCAUUUCAGAGAGGGAUGGAUUGGAUGAGACAGAGUGAGUGAGAGAUACAGUGUGGAACAGGCCCUUCUGACCCAACGAGCCUCACCACCCAGCAGCCCAUCGAUUGCAAAUAACAGGACAAUCAAUCUACAAUGACCAGUUAACCCACUAACUGAUACGUUUUUGGAAUGUGAGAGGAAACCAAUGCACUCACGGGAAAAGCGUGCAAGCUUCUUACAGAUGGCGUAAGAAAUGAACAUCCGAACUCCACUACCCCGAGUUGUAAUAGCGUCGCCCCAACUGUUAUGCUACCGUGGCCCCAAGCAGGUUCUGGAAGAGACCACCCGCUGCACACGAACUCCGAAUCAAAUGGUCCCAAAGGACAACCUAAUCUCAGGAUGCAGCAUAUGAGAAAUCAGAAAGAAUUAAAUGCUGACAUGGCUCGAGGCAGAAACAGAGGGUUCAUUUUCCAGUUUUUGCCGCUUUACGCAAUAGGCAUAGGUGCGUACGCUGUUUACAAACUCAUGCAGGUAAAGUUCAAAGAAAAUGAAAAAUUAAAUAAUGAAAAAAAGAAACAGGUUGAAGAUAAAAAGAAAACUACAGAAAAUCAGCUUUCUGAGCUGGAGGUGCGUUUGGCACAGACUGAGAAAAUGCUGGACUCGUUAGUGAAAGAACUGGAUCCACUCACCAGUUGUGUCAACGCUGUUGCUUCCGGGCAGAAGAAUGAAAUUGCGAUACAGCUUCAAGAAAUAAGAAAACUGAUAAAAGAGAGGCAGGAACCUGAUAUUGAUGAGGAAAUGCUUUCUAUCUCUAAGAAAUUCGAAGGGUAUAUCCAGGAUGCUGCAAAAGAGACACGGCUGAGUGAAGAUCAGACCUUCCUGGAGAAUGGGGAAGAUUUAUUAGAAGACGGUGAUUCAAUAAACAGCAAAGUGUUUACAUCAUCGUUUCUCGAUGAGUCUGAGUCUGUGGACAGCACUUCUGAAGAGGACUCUGAGGGGGACUUUGAAGCCCUGGAGGAUUUGCCAGAAAAUAAUGGGAUCAUGGAGUUGAGAAAACGCAACAAAGUGAAUGAGUUUGUGAAAUGAGUUGCUGUGUGUUUCUCUUCCAUCUUAUUGAUUCAUUUUGGUUGUUAUUUAGAUUCAUGUGAUUGAUUUACUACUAUUUAAAACACUCAGGUAGCACAUAUAUUUUAUUACCUCUACAAUAUAUACUGAAGUAUAGUAAGUAUCAUCUUGGUCUUUUGUAGCUAACAUUAUUUUCUUUCUUGAGGGUACUGAUGUUUAUGUAUAUAUAAAUUUCACUAAUGAAAAUAUGUCAGUAUUUCAUUAUUUAAUCAAUUCUUAAUUGUAAAUUGAGUGUCCAUUGAAUUACUAUGUACAUAAUUGAAAAAAACAUUUUAAGAGAGAUACAAUAGUAAUAGGCUCUAGCUGAACCGAUGAAUUCACACUACUCAAUUACACUCAUUUUACUUUAGGACCCAGAAAUGGGACUUGCUGGGGAAAGCGAGUGGGUCAGAUCUAGAAGUUAUGAAUUCGGGUCCAUACAUACAAGAUCAUUGGUGUUAGGUUCAGAGGCUAGUUGCCAAAAAAAAAGUGUCUCAAAACGUGGGGAAAUCUGCAACUCAUUGCUGAAGGUGUAGGGAAAGCAGAAAUGUUCAUCAAGUUUAGAAGUGUCCUAAAGAACACAGGAGUAGGCUACUCAGCACUUCAAGCCUGCACCACCAACCAAUAUGAUCAUGGCUGAUCUAUGCUGGCCUCCCCAACUCCUUGACCUUUUAAAUAUUAUCUCUAUCCAGUUUAAAGGAGGUGAGUGGUGACUUGAUAGAGGUGUACACAAUUGAUAAGAGGCAUAGAUCUAGCAGACAGCCAGAGACGUUUUUCCAGGGCAGAAAUAGCUAAUACUGUACAAGGGGGCAUGAUUUUAAUGUGAUUGGAGGAAAGUACAGAGUGGAUAUCAGAGUUUUUUUUACACAGAAUGGUGGGUGUAUGAAAUGGUCUGGCAGGGGUGGUGAUAGAAGCUCACAGAAGGAUAUUUCAGAAACUUGGAUAGGGCAUGGGGAUGACAGAAAAACGAUGGGCUAUGUAGGAGGGAAGGGUUAGAUUGAUCUUGGAGUAGGUUAAAGGGUCAGCACACAUCAUGGGCCGAAGAGUCUGCUCUGUGCUGUAAUGCUCUAUGUACAGUAACUGUUUAAAAUGCUCUGGCCUUCCCCAGGAGAGAUCCACUAUCCCCUGUGAGAAAAAACAUGUAGGAACAUUAGUUUGAAGUGACUGACUCUGUUUUGCAGUUAGGCUUCCUUUUGCAGGGUUUUCCUGCUAGUAGAAACAUAUCAACAUCUGCCCCCUUGGUUCUUGUAUGUUUGAAUAAGAUCAAUCCCCAUUCUUUUAAACUCCAAGGAAUACAGAGCCAAAUUGUCCAACCCUUUUCAUACAAGAAGUUAGUGUGAUGGGUCACCUCUGGACUGCCUCCAAAGCUAAUGUAAACCUUAAUUUUUAGCUAAGAGGACCAAAACUAUGUGCCGUCUUCCAAAAUGGCCCCACCAACAAGAGGACUUAAGGCACUUUAAUCUCCAGGACACCUGAAUGGCCCCACCAACAAGAGGACUUAAGGCACUUUAAUCUCCAGGACACCUUGCAGUGUGAUUGGGCUGAAUCUUUUUACAACGAGGAAUGUUUGCAAUAAUCCAUGUAUUUAAUGGCAUAAAAUAUAAAUGAGAUUGUGCAGAUGCUGAGAAUGAGAUGCUGGAGGAACUCAGCAAGUUGGGCAGCAUCAGUGGAGGGGAAUAAACAGUCACUAGGGCUGAAAUCCUUCAUUCAGAUUCUAAACUAAUGAUACUAUGGUUAUUGGUUUUUAUCUUGUCACACACAUUGAGGCUGCUGCUCUGAUGAGAACAGUUUUGCAUUGGAUAAAUUUUGAAGGUCUAAUUUAUUCAAGUGCUCUUCUGCAUUGUGAAUUAUGGUUCAUUCAGUCAGGAGUUACUAUUUCAUGACACAAUACAGAACAAAACAAUCUAAUGUCUUUGCAUAUAGAUGUUAAGAUUUUUAAGGAAGAUUUAGAGUAAAUUUACAUAAUCUUAUGAUCAAGGAAAAGUAUUGCUUUCGUAGCAGCAAUUGAGUAGGUACAGUACAAAAGGCACACCUUUCUUUCAAAUUGAGCAAGAUAGUUUUUGGAAUGCCUUCAGCUUUCUUUUUUGUUCCAUUGGUUUGAUUCUUCAUCUUUCUGUGAUCUUCCUGUUGAUUUUUUAUUACCUGCUAUAAAGUAAAUUGUGUUUACUGUACUUAAGUAUAUUAAUCAUUGUAAAAAAUAACUUAAAUGCUCUUUCAAUUAGUUCAAAACUUGAACUUGUCAAAAUGUACUGUGUGUGUAUAAAAAUGUAAGGGCGUAAAAUCGGCAAUGAAAGGAAUGGGAUUACACCGCACUUUCCAGAAAAGAGUUCAAAGUAAAUUUAUUGUCAAAGUACAUAUAUGUCACCUUGAGAUUCAUUUUCUUGUAGGCAUUCACUGUAGAACAGAGAAAUACAAUAGAAUCAGUGAAAAACUACAGGCAUACUGAGAAAUACCAAUGUGCAAAUUUUUUAAAAAUGUAAAUAAUGUUGAAUAGUCCUUGAAAGUGAAUCCAUAGGUUGUAGAAUCAGUUCAGGGUUGUAGUGGAUGAAGUUUUCCAUGCUGAUUUAGGACUCGGAACCUGGUGGUUUUUGGACCCAAGGGCUCCUGUACCUUCUUCCCAAUGGCAGUAGUGGGAACAGAGCAUAGCCUGAAUGAUGGGGGUCCUUGAUAAUGGAUGCUGCUUUCUUUUGGCAGCGCUCCUUGUAGAUGUUCUGCAUGGUGGGGAGGACUUUGCCUGUGAUGGACUGGGCUGUGUCCACCAUUCUAUUGUAGACUUUCUGUUCGUGGGCUUUGGUGUUUCCAUAUCAGGCUGUGAGGCUACUAGUCAGGAUACUCUCCACUGUGCAUCUACAGAAGUUUUUGUCAGAGUUUUAGAAGACAUGUAGAAUCUGCACAAACUUCUAAGACAGUAGAGGUGUUGUGUUGCCUUCUUUGUGAAGGCACUAAUGUGCUGGUCCUAGAAUAAUAUAUCUUGAUAUAACUUCUAUAGAUGUACCGUGGAGAGCAUUCUGACAGGCUGCAUCACUGUGGAGGGGGGCUACUGCACAGGACUGAAAGAAGCUGCAGAGGGUUGUAAAUUUAGUUGCCUCCAUCUUGAGUAUUAGCCUACUAAAUACCCAGAACGUCUUCAAGCAAUGGUGUCUCAGAAAGGCAGUGUCCAUUAUUACGGACCUCCAGCACCCAGGGCAUGCCCUUUUCUCACUGUUACUAUCAAGUAGGAGGUACAGAAGCCUGAAGGCACACUCAGUGAUUCAGGAACAGCUUCUCCCCUCUGCCAUCCGAUUCCUAAAUGGACAUUGAACCCAUGAACACUAGCUCACUUUGUUAAUGUACAAUUAUUUCUGUUUUUUGCACAAUUUUAAUCUAUUCCAAUCACAUACUGUAAAUUUAUUUAUUUUCUUCUACAUUAUGUAUUGCAUUGAACCACUGCUGCUAAGUUAACAUGCUGGUGAUAAUAAACCUGAUUCUGA